GAGGGGCGGGAGCGAGGGCCGGCUCCUCCCCGCCGCUCCCGGGAUAUUACAGGCGGCGGCGGUAGCAGAAUGGCGGCACGGCGGACAGGCUCCGGCGCGUGCCCGCCUCGUGCCCUCCCUCCAGUGCCAAGUAGAGACCAAGAUGAAAUUCCACUCAGUCGUCCCAAAAAACGGAAACCCAAAGGAAAGACUCCACUAGAUGGCAUCGUUCAGGCAGCAGUUCGCCGGCAGUCUGAAAGCAGCGAGCCCCUGACUCCUGAACCUCAGGAACCUCCUCAGAGGAAACGCAAGAAGAAGAAAGUACCUACUGAUUCUGAGACCUCUUUUACCGAGCAAAAUGUUGCAUCCCUGUUUCAGAAUGGAAAUGGUGUGGAUGUUCCUGAAGCUGAAGAAACAGUAACCCGCAAGCAGAGAAAAAGACCAAAGAAACCUCGGCCAGCUGAAUUGCAGGGUUCAAAUGAGCUGGAAGUGGAUGAGGAAGACAUCAUUGAGGAUGAAAACAGAAAGAGCCCAGAUCAGCAGCCUGUGUUUGCUGCUCCCACUGGAAUUAGCCAGCCUGUUAGCAAAGUGUUUGUUGAAAAAAAUCGACGUUUUCAGGCAGCUGAUCGUGCAGAGUUGAUUAAAACCACUGAAAAUAUCAAUGUACUUCUGGAUGUGAAGGCAUCAUGGACUACCAGAGAUGUUGCCCUCUCUGUGCACCGAAGUUUCAGGAUGAUUGGACUCUUUACACAAGGCUUUCUUGCUGGGUAUGCUGUCUGGAACAUCAUUGUUAUCUACAUUUUGGCAGGAAAUAAUCUUUCUUCAGUUUCUAACCUGCUCGAGCAGUAUAGAACACUAGCAUACCCAGCUCAAAGUUUGUCGUAUUUGUUGCUGUCUAUCAGUACAGUCUCAGCCUUCGACAGGAUUGAUUUGGCAAAAGCAUCAGUUGCACUGAGGGGCUUCCUCACCUUAGAUCCAGCAGCAGUAGCCUCUUUCUUGUACUUUGUUGCUCUUAUCUUAACCUUAAGCCAGCAGAUGACUUGCGACAGAGUUAACCUGUACACACCACCUUCAGACAAUGGCAGCAUCUGGAUGGCAGGCAAAGAGGAAGACAUUGUUCAGCCAUGGGUUGUGGUGAAUCUGGUAGUGUCUAUUCUAGUUGGGACAAGUUGGAUCUUCCUGUCAUAUCGACCUGAGCUAGACCACAGUGAAGAACUGAUGUUUCAUGCUGAAAUUGAAGAAUUUCCCCAGGGAGAUAUGCCCAGAAUCCAGCCAUAGUAUUGUGUCUUGAAGCCAUGUAUUAUAACUUUCAUAAAUAAAAGAUGUAUUUUUAUAUUGUA